GGGCCGCCCGCGCCCGCCCCUCCCUGCCCCUCCUCCCAUGCAAUAAGGGGAGCGGAGGGGGGCGGGGAGAGGGGUAGCCGCGCGGCAGCACCUAAGAAGAGCAGAGCCGGGCCGGCCGUCGGGGGUGGGGGGCAGAAGAUCCGAAACGUCCCGGGCCCGGGCUGUAGCGCGCGGGGCGCUCCCCCCGGAGAGCGGGGAGAAGGGGGGGCCCCCGCCGACGCCCCCAGGCCGGCACACCUGGCUCCCCGGCGCUCCCGCCGCGCGCGCGUUUUCUGGAGCGCUUCAGCCCGUCGGGCCGGCCCGGAGCCGAAGCCAAAGCCAGCAUGACCUGCCUGGACCCGUGGGUUUUGCUGCUGCUGCUGCUGUUGCCAGUGCUCCUGCUGAACCGAACUACCAACUUCUAUUUCAAGAUCUGCUUCUACUGCGUGCUCUGCGUGGUGUUCUCCGUGGUGGCCUGCGUGGUCUGCUUCCUGCGCCAUGGGGGCCGCACAGUGCGCAACAUGAGUAUCAUCAAGAGAUUUGUCCGAAUUUUUAAGUACUUUUACGGCCUUCAGUUGGAAAUGAAAGGUGCAGAGAAACUGCAUGAGGACAAACCAUGCGUCAUCAUCUCCAAUCAUCAGAGCAUUCUGGAUAUGAUGGGUCUGAUGGAGAUCCUUCCAAGAAACUGCAUCCAGAUUGCCAAGCGGGAGCUACUUUACACAGGCCCUGUGGGCCUAAUCAUGUAUCUUGGGGGUGUCAUCUUCAUCAACAGAAAGCGGACAAGCACAGCCAUGUCGGCGAUGGAGGAAGUGGGAAACAUCUUGGUUCAGAAGAAUCUGAAAGUGUGGAUUUAUCCUGAGGGAACACGGAAUGGAAGUUAUGACCUUUUGCCAUUCAAGAAGGGUGCCUUUUAUCUGGCUGUCCAGGCCCAGGUGCCAAUCAUUCCUGUGGUGUAUUCGUCAUUCUCUUCCUUUUACCAGCCAGAGAAAAAAAUCUUCACAUCAGGAAAGAUCAAAGUAGAAGUGCUGGAUCCAAUCAAGACAGAAGGCAUGACAGUGGAUGACAUCCCCAAGUUGCUAGAGACCUGCCAUUCUCUCAUGAGAGAGACAUUUUUCAGAAUAUCUGACAAGCUGAAUGAAAAAGGGACCAAUGGCUCAACCUCGCAGCCUGUGCAGUAGCCCUAGACACCAUCCCCUGCCCGUCUGCCCAGGGUGAGAGGAUGAACACAGGGACCUCCCCUUUCUGUUGCCAAAUGUCAUGGUUUCCACCUCCCUGGUGCUUCCCUUUGGCUUUCAUUCUGGGUCACCCUUUCCAGAGGCUCCGGUCCUUAUUUUGUCAGCCAUGAAUGUGGUUUCUAUUUUACACCUUUUUCCCCAUGAAUCCUCCCUGCACUUGGUCUCUGAGCCAUUCUCUCUCUUAUCCCACAUGCUGAGCACUGAAGUCCUGGGCUGUGAGUGACCCUUACUAGGAGAACCAGAUUGCCAUCUCUCUGGAGUUUGAAUGAAUGACUUUUGGGGAGAAUGGGGGGAAGCACCUGUAUUUGGGGAGGCUAUACGGUCUGUCUUGUUAACUCAAGUUAACUUCAUACCCUGCCCACUGUUGUCUAGCUCGGGUAUUAGGAACAAAGUUUCCAGACUUCCGUUGGCACAGCAGGUAUGAAAAUGCCCAACCUUCUCCUUCCUUGUUCUCUGAGCCUUUCUAUCUCUUAAUGCUCAAGUCCUGGUACUACUCUGGGGAGCUACCAAAAGUUCCUUGGAUGACAGGCAGCCUUUGCUGCUGACAGAGACUUGAGACCCUCUUUGGUACUGCUUAAUUCCCAGAAACCUAAAACGAGAGAGGUGGUGUAGCCGAGCCCCUAAAUCCCUUGCCCACUAUUCCUGGCAUAUGGACAUAGAAGCUUUGGUGGAUGGUGGUUUAUGUUCAUAUUCUUACAACCUAAGCCAGGAAAGCAGAGUUCAGAAGGUUCUCCUUGUGUAUAAGGAGACCCUGAGAAAAGUGAGAGAACGGCCUGAGCAGUGAGCUCGUUCCCUCUGUGACCCAGGGGAGCUUUGGGGGGUAGCAGCCCUGAUACGGAAGCUCCCUCUGAGCACUAGGACCGGUGGGAGUAACCACACCUAGUACGGUGAUGAGCUGUUGGAGGGUUGGAGUUGAGCGGAGAGCUUGGGACUCUUCUCAAGCUAACUUUAGUCACUGGGCCAAAGGAGAGAAACUGAUGGGUAUCUCUGAUAGCAGAGACUGCUAGCUUGAACCCUGGAGGGAACAAAGUCCAGACCUUUGCCCCUUUGCCAGGGCCACAGUAGCAGCUUCCCUGUCAGCCUGCCAUUUGGGUCCUGAGGAACACGUGCAGGGGGAUGCACUGGCGUCACAGGUUCCCAGGGAUCUCGGAUUGCUGGCAGCCUCUGUGGGCAGUCUUUCAGGCUGAGGGAAGGGGCUGGCACUCUGGGGCUUCUCUGCUGCUUGUGUUUCACAGAAGCCCUCCAGAGUUCAACAUCUUUCCUCUUGUAAUCAGUGUUUACAGAGAAGAAUAGGAGUGACCUGAUUAUCACGGGGGAGAGAAAGUUUGAGUAUCUUGCUCUAAGUAAUCUCAAGUUUAAAUCUAAUAGCACUUUUACUCAGGGGGGGAAGGCAAAGCCAGAAAAAUUGAGGUGAGGGAACAUAAGGGGGAAUCCCGGGCUCUCUUGCAGCUCUGGGAGAACAACAAAUGGGGUCCGCAGCUGCCUGGGGGGUUUCUGUUGGAAAAGUGCUUUUGCUAGUCAGGUCUAAUUUUGUGGGGAAAAAAUGUAUGCUUGAUCUAAAUUGCACAAUUUUUGUUUUUCAUAAAGCAAUUAUUUGAAAAGCUCUUUGAGUUUCACUUGAUGGGGGAUUGUUUCAGCAAGUCCAGAAGGCUUGGGUUUGGAUUUGCUCUCUAUAGCUCUUAACAUUUCUCUGGGUCCAAGGCUCAAGGGUGGCUUUGAGAAGGUUCCUGGUUGAGUUUUUAUGACCAGGGGCCAAUCCCAAAAAGGGGCCCCUCCUGGGGUGAGUGACUUAGAUGAUGCCAAACUGAAAAACUCUGGCCCCUGACUUCAUUGGGGAGUGAGAGGAGCUCACCGAUUCCUCUAUCACCUCCUCAACAGCCUGGCAUCUUACAGUUUCCUAGGGCAUGGAGAGGCUCAGGAGCUUGGCCAGCUUCCCAUGUCUGCAUGUUUCAGAGAUUUGUCCGGAUCUUCCUGACUGUUCACUGAGCCUCCGUAAAGUGUCGCCUCUGACACAGGCUGGCUUUGGGACUGAGUCACUUCAUCUCAGUGGGCUUGAUAAGUUUUAAGUUGCAGAGAAGUGUUGACUUUAGUUGGGAGAAGUUUUCCCACCAGGAAGCUCCCUCUGCCCACAAAAUCCCAAGUCCCAACCCUGUUCCAUACGCUGGCCCUCUGUGGCAAAAAGCUCUUGUUCUGCACGUCCCCUUGCAGACUUGAACGCUUUGUCAUUCCUUAAAUUCUACAUUUGGGAGAACUGAGACUUAAAGUUCAGUCAUCACUGACAUGGCAGAGCCUCUUCAGCAGCAGCAUCUGGAAUCCAGGGAGAUGGUGCAGGGAGCUCACCAACAUCACUUCUCUGUUGGCAGAUGGGACAGGCUUGGGAGACUGGCGGUUCCUUCUGUCCUUUGUGCCCUACUCUUGUUGGUGCGGGACGAGAGCCUGGGAAGUGUACCCAGGUGCAUGAGAUUUAACAUGGAUCCCUCCCAAAGGGCUGGUUUUCAAAAGAUGAGAAGAACCCCUCUGUAUUAAGACUAAUAAGCCUUUGUGUGACCCAUUAGCCAAUAAGUAUUUAUUGAGCACUUACUAAAUACCAGGUGCUGGGCUAGGAACUGAGAAUAUAAGGGUAAAAAUUAGGUAGACCUUGCUGUGCCCUAUCUGCCAAGAAGCAAAUUUCAUCUGUUGAUGUUAAAUCUUUCAAUUGGAUGACUUCUUCAGGGAUUUUUAGCCCAUUGAAUACAUGAGAUAAUGCUUGUCAUUGAGAUAAUAUUGGUAAGACUCCUGGCACAUAGUAGGCACUUAAAUGUUUAUUCCUCUUCCUCCAUCUGCACAAUGCUUUGGGAUUAAAAACUACUUAUAUAUGUUAUCUUAGGUGAUCCUCAUAAAACACUGCAAGGUAAGGAAUAACUACUGUUACCUACUCUUAGCCUAGAUAGAGUUCAAACACACAACUAAUUGUUGGAGGAAGGAUCUGUCCCUCUUAAUUCUAAGUCUCAAAUUCUUUUCCGGUAUAUUGAGCUUCCACUCUUUGGGAGGGAUAAUUAACAGUGAGUAUAAUUGAUCACCUUGCUAGAUUCCCAACAGCUUUGAUGUUCUAACAAUUCCAUGAGAAGGGCAACAACCAUCUGUCAAGUGAACCAAGCAUGAGGAGAGCUUGUGUUCCCCAGAUCUUAGAGUAGCUUAUUAUUCAACAGGAAAAUCUUUGAAAUGGUGGGUUGGGGAGGUUAUAAGUCUCAACUAGUUUCCUUUAACAAUGUAUUUUUACUUCAUGGUUGCAAUCUCAGGAAAGGCUGGACCAGGAAAUGCCAGGUCUCAUUUCUUCCUUAAUGUUUUUAUUCCCUCCACAAACAAGCACUUAGCUCUUACUUUAUUGUAGGAUACAAAAAUUUAAAAUGACAUUUUCCCUGUUGUCUUGAGAAUGUAUAUUCUAUGCAUGCAAAUAAAAGUCUAAAACCUGGUAGGGAGCAAUAGGGACAAAGAGUAAAGGUAAAGUAUUUGAAAAUUUCAGAGAGGACACUAAACUGGAAGGUGAGCCUUCACAGAGGAGGAAGCACCAAGAGGCUUUUCUUAGAAAGGAGAGGACUGAAAGCCUUGUAAUAAGCUUAACCUUUGAUGCUUAGACAAAGAAGAUCCUACCAGGAGAUAGCCAAGCUAAUUCAGAGUCAGAAGGGUCAGUCUUGGAAAGGAGCUUGGAGCUUCUCUAUCCUGAAGACUUAGCUUGAUCUGCAGCCAUUUGUUGGGAGUUUCCUUGUGCCUGGGGGUUUGUAACUGGAAAUACAAGGAAUGAAACAAUUCCUGCUUUGGUGGGGCUUAAUUACAUACGUAUGAAUGUAAAGAAAAACAAAUGUAAAUUCAAUAUAACUUAUAAAAGGAUGGCACUGGUAGCUGGAGGUGGGGGGGCCGGGAUAUAAGGACAAGUUUCGUUUAGAUCAGAGGUGGAGAACGUUUGGCCAUACAAGGACAGCAAAAUUUGCUAAGGCAUCCACAGGUGAUAAACUACACCUGCCCAUUGCUUGAGUUCUAUAAAUUGGAUAGUAUGCAAAAUUAUACUAUAACAAUAAUAUACCAAGUGGCUCUUGGUGCAAAAAAAAAAAAAUAAUAAUGUUCCCCACUCCUGAUUUAGAUAGAAGGUACUGUUUGAGUUUUGUCUUAAAGGGAAAGAGGGAUUCUUUAAGCCAGAGAUGAGAUGUACAUACAUUCUAGGCUUGAGAAGUCGGUGUAAAAGCCUAGAUGGGAGAUGUGUACACGAGUGUGAGUGGACCAGUUUGGCUGGUUUGUAGAGUAUAGGAAAAGGAAUGAUGUAUUGUGAGACUGGAAAGAGUGUUUUCUUGUUUGUUUUAAACUACCUAAGGUGGAGUUUGUAUCUGAUCCUAGGGAGCCAUUAGAAUUUAUUGAAUAAGGGUGUGGCAAUCAGAUCUUAGCUUAAGAAAAAGUACUUUGGCAGUUAUAUGAAAAAUCAAACAGCCUGAGGGCAGGUAGUCCAAAAGUUCAUAGAUCACAGAUGGGACCAUAGAAUUGAUAUGGGAAGGACUUUUACUAACUUAUACAGCUUCCUUCUCUCUGCAAAAUCUGUCAGUUUCUUAGGUAGCUUUAAGAGAACCCCAUUACUCAAGAAGCUCAGCCCUCUCAUCCUAAGAUCCCUUUGGAGAGAGGUGAGUGCCACCUCCCACAGAAAGUCUUGGACCUAAUGAACUUUUUCCAUAAGUACUUGGAUCUGUAUAGUAGGUAAUAUUGUAAGUAGCAACUGACAAAGCACUUUAUUUGUGCCUAACGGCAAAGAAGAGAUUAGAAAGCUUGGGAUGUCCUGGCUUCCUGUGGACACAAGUCUUAACGGACAAGAAGGGGGAGUUUGCAUUGGUUCAGCUUGAGCCAGUGUGUGAUAAUUGAAUUUAUACAGCAAUUUAUGAAGGAUCUAAAAUGUGGUUAGCAUAGGUAUUUUCAUUGUGGAGAUUCCCUCUGCUAAUUCUGAUCAUAAUUCUAUGAAUUAGACCAACAGGACUUAAACUUUUUCACUUGCAACCUCUUUUUGCCCAAAAAAAUUUUAUGUGACUCCAGAUAUAUAGGUAUAUAAAAUAGGUAUACAAACCAAACAUUUACUGAUAACAAAUCAUAAUUUCAUGACCCCCCACAUUCUGUUAGGAGACCCAGCCAGGAAUAAGUUGUCAUUGUAGGGCGAAAAGAUUUGAGGUCAUUUAUUACAAUUUCCUGGCAGUCUGCAAAGCCUAUGGAUACCUUCUUAGAAUACUUUAAAUGCAUAAAAUCAAGUAUAUAAAAUUACAAGGAAACAAAUUAAAAGGUAUAAAGUUUUUUUCUAAUUGGUGGAUCCCUUGCUGAAAUUCACAGAUCCUGAAGCCCAAGUUAAAAUCUGAUCUAGGCCAAUCCCCAGGAGCUGCACCCUUCAGAGACUGGCAGAAUGGUAGGUUUGAGGAUUGGAAACGAAUUUGAGACCAACCCCUUCAUUUAACAGAAAGGUUAAUUGGCAGGAUUCAAACCCAGCACUACGACACUAUAAAGCCUGGCUUCUGCCCUAUGUCACCUAAGUAGCAAGUGGCAGAGCCAGAAUUCAAGCAGAUC